AUGGAAAUUAUUUCAUUAAAAAAUAUUUGUAUAAAAUUCUACAAAAAUUCUGUUUUAAAAAAGAGCGCUUAUCUGCACUAAUAGAUUCAGACACUUGAUUCAGAAGUUUUUAGAAAUUGCACAUAACUCAUGGUUAUCAAAUCAAAGUUCUCAAUUUCAACAAGAUAACUAAUUAGAAAGAAUUAUGGAUUUAACAGACAUCCCUUCUUCUGCUAAAAAUAGUCAAUGGAUUGCUUAGCUACAUUUUAUUCAUCAAGAUUUGCUAAAGAAAAUUUUGUAAAUACUUGAAAGGAAAGAGAUA